CGGCUCGUGCCCUAGCGUUCGUCCUACUCGUUUUAUAGCGAGUUCGAGCAAGGAAAAAGAGCGCAAUAAAGGGCGACUUCAAUUGGAAGAGGGGCUUUUUAGUUUUUAGUUUUGUCGGAGGAUUUGAAUCUUCGCGCGAAAAUGGAAACUGAAGGGCAACGAACCUCGUCGAACCCCUCCGCCAUGCUCGCAUCUCUAAUGAGCAAGAGAGAGAAGCUUCAGGAAGAGCUUCGGAACAUUGAAAAGCAGGUCUACGAGUUAGAGACAAGCUAUUUGCAUGAUUCAAACCAAUGUGGGAAUGUGUUGAAAGGUUUUGAAGGGUUUCUAGCUUCAUCAAAGAGCACAACCAACCUAAAGCGAUCUAGGAAGUUCCAAGCUGAGGACAGACUGUUUUCUUUGUCUUCAGUUACCUCACCAGCAGUUGAAGAACAUUUAUCUGGCAGAGACGAUGGAAGAUCUGAUUAUGGCCAUGGUCGGUCCAAGGGAGGCAUAUCAGCUAAUGGACAGGGAAAACCGAAGAAGGGAAGAACAGCGCCAAGAGAUGGGAAGAGAAUCAGACCAUCUAAUGAGCAUGACCUCGAUGAUGAAGAUGAUCCUGAUUUGAGCUUGAGAUAACCAAUUAACCACCCAUGUGGGAGGACUUUCUCUCUCCUGCCUGACGCUUUAAUUUGAGCUCCGAGAAUGGAGACAAACGCAUUUAUUUUUUCUAACCCAUACCAAUGUAGAAAGAUAAUAUUGUUUUGAUAACCUUAGCCCUCCAUUUCUUUGAUACGGAUAUAAUUGACACGGUACAAAAAAUGUGGCACCAUCACUGACCACUUCUGUAGGACUCUCUGGUUGAGUCUUGGAUGCAGCAAGUUGCAAGCUUUGUUCUAAGUGCUCAUGAAAGGGGUCUGUUAUCUUUACACUCCAUGGUCCACAAGCCAUACUCCAUGCCCACUCUUAGAUCGAAUUCAAAUAUCAUAAUGUAGCAGUGUAUUGUACGAUA